CGCGUGGGUGCAGCGCGCGAGGCACCACAACAUCAGUGAGAACACACGCGGAAAUGAACUAAUGUUCGAGAGAUACCUCUCGAGCGAACACUGCUUUUUCCCAACGGGUGAAACCGGUUGUUUUUACUCUAUUCUUCUGGCAGAAAUGAGAGAAAAGUCCGCAAAAAACAGGACCCAGGACAUGUGGACCAGGAUAACCCGCUGAACUAAAGACCAAGCUGGAGCAUCCUGAGCUUCUGACGGUUUUAUUUGAGAGGAUCGCGAGUUUUUCUUGUCAGGACGUGUAGGGCUCGAGCGCUCUAGCGCUCACACACACACACACACAGACACAGAGAGAAGUGUGUAUAUACAGAGACAAGGUCCAGGAGCUGUCACUGAGGAAGGAGAGAACCGACUGAAGCGAUGGAAACCAGAGUGUGAUCUGAUGGACUGGACUUGUAACAGCAGCUGGUGUGACGCUCACUGAGUAAAGUCUUCUUCAAGAUGAGAUGUCACUUGAAAAAACUUGUACAGACACUUGUUGGUCUGCUCAUCCUCACCUGCUUGUAUAUCUCCAUGAGGAGAGGACAAGAGACAGAACAAGAAAGAGAACCCGUGGACGUUGCCAGGCUUAUUGGGAACUACAGCAGUGAAAAAUGCUCUCCGGAACUUCAACAAAAUACCCUGUGUCUCAGAGCUUCGGUUCGAGUGUUAGCAGGAGAUAUACCGCAUCGGCAAAGGUACCUCACCGUGGGUCUCUCUUCUGUGAAGAGGAAGAAAGAGAAUUAUCUUCUCCAAACCCUUCACUCCAUUUUCAAUCAGUCGUCAGAGGAGGAGCUUUCUGAGAUGGUGGUUGUGGUUCUUCUGGCUGAUUUUGACCUGAGAUGGGUUCAGCAAAUGCUAACCAGCAUUAACAAGCUUUUUCCGAAAAGACUGAUCCAGGGUCAGCUUCUGGUAAUCCACGCCGACGAGGAAAAGUACCCUCCUCUGACAGGCCUGAAGAGGAAUUUUAACGAUGCUCCGGAUCGCGUGACGUUCCGCUCCAAGCAGAACGUAGACUACGCCUUCCUGGUGGACUUCAGUGCCACUCUUUCCAAGUAUUACCUCAUGCUGGAGGAUGAUGUGAGCUGCUCUAAAGGAUUUUUGUCCUCCAUUCGAGGUUACAUUCGUUCAAAAGGAUCUUCCCCAUGGGUGACACUCGAGUUCUCCAAACUGGGAUAUAUCGGGAAACUAUACAACUCCAAAGAGCUCCCUCGCCUGGCGCACUUCCUCUUUUUGUUUUACCAGGAAAUGCCUUGUGACUUUUUACUUUCACAUUUCCGCACUUUGCUAACUCAGGACAAGGUCAUCCGCUUUCGACCUUCCCUCUUUCAGCACAUGGGAACGUAUUCCUCUUUUCAGGGAACAUACAAUCGCCUCAAAGAUGAUGACUUCCACGAUAAUCCUGCUGAUAACCCCCCAGCCACUGUUUACACUGACAUUGGAAUUUUUGAAAACUACAAUCCAGACGAAGCUUACAGUCAAGGAGGAAGCUAUUUCUGGGGCAAGACCCCUAUAAAUGUAGGGAACUUCUUUCUCGUGGCUUUCGAGAAACCGGUAAUCCCCUCACGUAUCGUGAUUCAGACAGGGCUGAAAGGGAAUGACAUUCUUCAAUCUGCUGACGUGGAGCUCGGGGAAAAAGUGGUGGAAACAACAGAUGGAGUGAAAUGCACAGAAAUUCACAAUUUAGGAGUCCUAAACAAGGGAUAUUUUGAGUUUCAAAACAUUCACCAGACAGUGAACAGAUCGGUAUCGUGUUUAAAUAUCAGAGUAGCUGCGAGUCAGCCAAAUUGGGUGAUCAUAAAAGACAUCCAGGUGUGGUUAAGGAAGUGAUGUAGGAUAUAUAUGAGAUCAUAAAAUAAGAUCGAUUGCAUCAUUCCAUGAAUCCGGAAACGGAUGCGUUUCAACCAGGACCAAAUAUGUGCCUUUUGUGUUGUGGAGUGUUUUCCAAAAUAUCCUACGUAUCUAAUAAAAGUAGAUUUACAACUUGAUGGGACCCAAUUUUACUAAUAAGCUAUAAAAAGAAAUGAUAAAUUUAGCACCGCAUUGGGCAGACGUUGUAGAGGGAAGGGAAUUUGUUAAAAUGGUGGCCGUGGGGUAAACUUUAGACAUUUGAUGGAGGUGAGAAUGAACCAUGGCUCCUGUCAGCCCACAUUAUUGGUGAUGGGAAUAAAAAGAAUUUCUACUAUAGCUCUAGAACGUUUCACUGAGGUAAACGAUAGCAAAGUUACUCCGCCUGUCUGUUCUGUUUUUAAAAACGUAAACCUGUCAAAACAGUAUGAGUCAUUCUCGAGUUUCCCAGAACGGCAACGGACGAUACUUAGACAAAGAACAAUACAUGAUUGAUUCUUCGCCACCCCCCCACAAGGUGACUGCCCUGACGCAUAUUAUAUUACGCUGUUGAUACGGACUGUGUUUACACAAUAGAGACCGUGAAAUAUUAUCAUAGUUUGGACGUUUAAGGUUAUUUUCUUAUUGCAAAGGUGGGAAAUAUUUGUUCUUAUAAUGGAGUUUGUGUUGUGUUUGGUGAAAUCACCACUGGUGCAGUCACACUGUACUCAGCAGGGUUUAUUGCUGAGAAUGAAGGGGAAAGUUAAGAUUAAGCAUCUACUCCAGAUUUUGGAGUUGGUGUGUAUCCGUCAAUCAUCGGGUCAAGUGUUUCACUCUGGUUUGUCUUUUGGAAACACUUUAAUUUCUAAGUGAAAGAUUGUUCCUAGUCUGAGGGAACUUCCAUCAACUUAACAACAUGGUGCUAAAAUUUAAUGAGGUAUAUUCUGUUAUUAAAUCAAGCUGCUGGUCACAUAAAAUGAGGUGUAUACCAUAUGGUUCUUCAGUCGUGUGUUCAGAUAUGUUCUAGGAACACCGACGUCCCUUUCUGCACCAGUGGAUGUUCAUUUGAACAUGUUUUAUACACACAACAAACGGGUUCACUUAAAAAGCGAGAGUAUUUCGAAGAAGGGACCAGUGAAAUGGAUGACAUGGAUUUAAAAGUCAAUGCAAUUGGCAACAAAAGGUUAAGAUGGUAAAUGGUCUGCACUUAUAUAGCACUUUAUUAUCCUUAGCGGUUACAAAGUGCUUUACACUGGUUCUCAUUCAAACAUUCACUCACGCACCAAUGGUAGCAGAGCUGCUGUGAAAGGUGUUAGCUUGCUAUCAGGAGCGACUUGGGGUUCGGUGUCAUGCUGGCUGGGAAUCGAACCACCAACCCUACGAUUAGUAGACAACCCGCUCCACCACCUGAGCCACAGCCGCCCCUAGAAACCCCUAGACGCGCCAAGAAGCAAGUAGAAGUAGAAAGUUUUUGUUAUACCAGGACAAGACACAGAAUCUAACAGGAUAUUGGUACUUUUACUUUUAAGGGAAAUGAUCGAGCAUCUUUCUCAACUCCACAAGCCAAAAAGUAUCAGAGGCACUGCCAGGAAAGAGUUUGUGUUCCUAACUUUGACAGGUGGAAUGUAGAGAUUGCAGGAGAGAUGUCUUCUCAGGGUUCAAUGCUAUUUAUAACAUGGGAUUUACUUAAAUCAUAUGCCUUAGCCCACUGGACAGUAUCUACACUGGACAGUAUCUACACUAUGCAGGUCUCUUAAGAUUGUUGCAGAACUCUAGGGAUACACUUUUACAUUUGACACUUUUACACUCAUUUUUACAUUUCGACUCAUUUCAAGCUCUACAUUUUCUUGUUCUAUUGUCAGAUAAUCUUGCUAAUUUCUUUCAAUAAAGCAGCAAAACCAUCUGCCAGUAGAACAAGAACAUAUAGAGCUUGAAACGAGUCAAAUGACGUCUAGAAGUAGGUUUAAUAAUCUUAUAUUUGGUUAAUUGUAAUCUUAUAAUAGGAAAUACAAGAUCGAAUCUGACUAUAUUCGAGAUGUUUUCCUUACCAAGAUACCAGUUUUUGCACUGUACUGUAUAUGCAUACCUGAAACCACAAUAAACUGAAUUCUCUAUACAAUA